ACAGGUCCUAUAAAUACUGCACCCAUUCGUUAACCCUUGUGCUCAUUCAUCGCUAACGUCGAGUCCUCCUCCUCUCUCUCGCUCUCUCUUUGCCUUUAGUCGUCUCCUUUUCCGCAACUAUGUCGAAGAAGAUCAUCCUCAAGAGCUCCGACGGCGAAUCGUUCGAGGUCGACCAGGCGGUUGCGCUCGAAUCCCAGACGAUCAAGCACAUGGUCGAAGACGACUGCGUCGCUGACGGAAUCCCCCUUCCGAACGUCACCAGCGCCAUCCUCGCCAAGGUUAUCGAGUACUGCAAGAAGCACGUCGAUGCCGCCGCCGAGGCUAACGCCGGAGACAAGGACAUCUACGGUAACACCGAGGACACUGAGCUCAAGAAUUGGGAUACCGAGUUCGCUAAAGUUGAUCAGCCUACGCUCUUCGAUCUCAUCUUGGCUGCUAAUUAUCUGAACAUCACUGGACUUCUUGACUUGACGUGCAAGACUGUGGCGGAUAUGAUGGUAGGCAAGACCCCAGAGCAGAUGCGCGAGCACUUCAACAUCAAGAACGACUACACGGCUGAGGAAGAAGCAGAGGUUCGCAAGGAGAAUGCUUGGGCCUUCGAGUGACUUUUGAUCCCCUGGUGUUUUAGGAUCCUAUAGUCUUCUAGUUUUUUUCUUUUUCUGUUCUGGUUUGAAGUUUGUCAUUUGUCUAUGAACAUCUAAUGGCUUUGUUCUUGUUCUACUAACAAGUUUUAUCAUAAAGUUUGGGUCUUUGUGCUUUC